AUGGAAGACAAGGAUAGUUUAAAUAGUGAAAAUGAAGAGAACAAAAUGAAGAUCUUACAAGAAUGGAAAUAUAGAGAGAAUGAUAGGAUAGCAGAAGAACAGCAGACAAAUACAGGACUUGUUUUAACUAAGAUAUACCAGCAGAAGAUCGCUGAAAACCCAUUUAAGCAUGCGGAAGGAUAUGUUUAUCAGAAUCCAGAAGAGCAGAACGCUAAAGACAAACCAAAGAAGAAAAGAGAAAUAAGGAGGGAAGAAAAAAGAAGACUGAAGAGAGCCAGAGAGGAAGAAAAGAUGGUAAAGAAACAAUUCGAAAUGAUAGAUACAAAGAUGGAAAACUAUUCAAGGGAGGUCAAAGUUCAGUGGAAAAAAGAACUGAAGAGAGAACAAAUGACAAAGAUGGAUUGGAGAGAGAGAAGAAAAUCAGAGAAAGGAUUGAAAACAAAUGAAAAUGAAAAAGUUAAAGUCGAAACGAAGAAAAAAACCCAAAACACAAACAAUUCCAAGGAAAGACAAAAUGAGUCAGAGAAGGAAGAACAAAAAAAGCCAGACUUUUAUAAAGAGGAUAAGAAGCAACAAAAUGGAGAAAUCGAAAUAUUUCUAAAAAAUAUCGAUAUUGAAAAGGAAGAAGAAAUGGAAAAAGUACAAAUCAAAAUAUUGAUAAACGAUAUAGAUAUUGAAAAGAAAGAAGAAGAAGAGAAAGAAGAAAAGAAAGAAACACAAACACAAAUUAAUAUCAACGUUGAAGUCGAUGAACCGAAAGAAGAAGAGAAGAAAACAAUGAAAGCAAGAAUUCGGUCAUUUUUCAUGUCACUGUGUUGUAUUAAAGGACAGUAA